AAACGUGGUUUCGUCCCUCUGCUGCACAUCCCCAUAAAGCAUGCCUGUGAGGCUGUUGGGUCUGUCAUAGGGAGGAUGGCCGGAACACACAAGUUGAAAGAGGCGAUGGAGACGAGGAUGAGGGCGCUUGGCGUGCAGCUGGAAGAGACAAGGAGGGAGUUGGAGGAGGCUGAGAGGAGGCGAGUGACAGAGAUGGAAUGGAAGGUUGAGGUGGAAAUCAGGCAGAAUGAAGGUGACCAGAAGAAAGCAUGGGAG